AUGAAGUUCACUCUCGCCACUCUCCUUACCAUCGUCGCCGCGGUUUCUGCCGCAUCCGUCGACAUCGGCCUUAUUGCAAGGCAGGAUAACUGCGCUUCCAAGGGCGCCAACUGCGGCGAUGUUGGCGACCGUGCAUGCUGCAGUGGCACAACUUGCCAGACCACGCGGGCACCCGUCGGCGGCGUCGGAAUGAUCUGCACAUAG